AUGCAAUUCAAAUCUUUAGCCACCGUCUCAGCAUUGUCCGCUCUUGCUUCAGCAAACUUCCAGAAUGUCACCACCAUCACCACUGACGUUACCGUUACUGCUUUCACCACAUACUGUCCAUUAGCAACAACCCUCACAUUAACCGUUUGUGAUGAUAAUAACUCAAACUGCCAUGCUAGUGAGGUAACUGUUAGUGAGCCACAAACCAUCACCAUCACUGAAAAUUGUAUCAUUCCAUCUUCAAUCGUAACUGAAGAUUUCACAAUCACCAGCACAGUGACUUGCGACAACUGCUCACCACUUUCCCAGACUGCUGCUUCGGUACAGGAACAAGAACAAGAACAAGAACAAGAAACAACUAUUGCUUCAGUUGCACCAGCAGCACCAAUUGCUUCGCAAUCAGAAAUUACCUCGGCUUACUACAAUGUCACUUCAUAUGAAGGUUUAGGAGCCAAGAACAUGGCUGGUGUUGCUGCAGGUUUUGUUGCCGUUGCUGCUGCAAUGUUGUAA